AUGUCUGCCAAAGAGGAUACGGGUAGAGAAGCUGAAGAAUCUUUACUAUAUUCAGCUAGACAUGGGGAGAUUUCAGUGGUAAAGGCAUUGCUUGAAGCAAAGUUAGAAGGCAAAUUGACUUUGGAUAUAAACUGCAAAGGGAAAAGCAAAAGCAAUCUGGGAUGGACACCGCUACAUUUGGCCACGUAUUUCGCACACAAGGAUGUUGUGGAGGCGCUCCUGGAUGCUGGGGCUAAUGUCGACGAGGUAAACGAGAAUGGUGACACAGCCCUGCACAAAGCUUCCUUCAUCGGGAACGAGGAGCUGGUCAUACUGCUGCUUAACUACAAGGCGGACGUGAACGUGAUGAACGGCGAGGGGCGCACCGCCUGCGACGUUUGCAAGACGCGCGACGUGCAGAGGCUGCUGGAGGCGGCGCAGAGGGCGGAGAGGCUGGACCGCGAGAGGCGGCUGCUCAGCGCCGCCAGGGAGGGACACCUCGAGGAUGUACAGGCGCUGCUGAGCGGCUCGAGUCCGCCGAACAUAAACUGCGUGGACGCGCAGGGCAACACCUGCCUGCACUGCGCGGCGUACCGGGGCCACGCGAGGGUGGCGGUUCUCCUGCUGCAGAACGGCAUCGACACGACCCUCAGGAACCACAGCGGCCAACUGGCGAUGGACCUCGCGAAGGACAACGAGAUGCGCGAAGUGCUGAGCGUGAGGCCGGUGCAGAAGUUGCAGCGCACCGCGGCCAGGUUCGAGGGGCCCCUGCUCAAGAAGUCCAGGUUCCUCGGCUGGAGGCCAGUUUGGGCGGUGCUGCAGCGGGGCGUGCUCAUCUACUACGGCUCAAGGGCGGAGGCGGCCCGCGGCGGCGGCGGGGGCGGUGCGGUGGGCGGUGCGGGGGGCGGUGCGGGGGGCGGCGGGGGCCGCGCGCGCAAGUACCUGGACGGGGCGCAGCUGUCGGCGCCGCGGGGCGAGCCCGCGCUGCUGGUGCUCGCGUUCAGCGACGGCGACAGCCACCGGCUGGCGGUCGACGCCGCGCCGGAGGACGCGCUCGCCUGCCGACAGUCGUGGAUAACGGCGCUGAACGAGCACAUCGCGUACUCGGGCCACUACCUGUGGGCGGGGGCGGCGUUCGAGGCGGCGCGAGAGGCCACAGAGGCCGCAGAUCUGGACGACGAGUGCAAGCCGCUGGGCUCUAUGCAGGACGCGCUGACCGCCGCCAGCAACAGCCUGGCGCUGCUGGACACGCAGCUGCGCGAGUGCUCGGCCAUCGUGGCCGCGCUCGACAACUGCGUAAACGUCGGCAACUCGCUGCACCACUCCGCCUACAUGCGCUUCCAGCACGCGUGCGGCAGCGGAGCAGAAGCGCUGAACGCGCUGCGGCACUGCGCGGCGCUCGUGGCCCAGGCCAGGGACAGGGACCACGCGCGCCUCGCCAGGGAGAUCGAGAGAAACCGCGUGCUGGAGGAGGCUCUAGCGGCGUUGGCGCGAACGCACCACGCGCUCGAGAUGUCCGUUGCCGACGAGAUGACCAAGAGUAAGAGGAAGAAAAAAUCGUCGCAGACCGAAUCCAAGGAGAACUUUUUCGACGUCUACGAAGAUUCGGGCGACGAGGACGACACGCUGGUGUCCGGGGGCCUGUGCAGCCCCCUGGGCGCGCUCAGCCCGUGGGGCAGCAGCCCCGACCUGGCCGCGGACGACGCCGCUCAAGACGGGCCGCAGCCGGCGGACGCGGGCGAGCGUUCGCGGCGCGCCUUCGGUUCGGCCGAGUCGUGUCGCAGCCCGUCGCCCGUGUCGUGUCGCAGCUUGUCGUGUCGCAGCGUGUCGUCGGCGCGGUGCAGCUCGCGCGGCACGCUCGUGUCGCAGGACGGCCACGUGUACCGGAACGCUAGGCCGUACAGGAGGACUAACAUGCCCAGUUCUCAAUGGUCGUUA